AUGAAGGCCGUUACGUCUUUGCCCAUUGCUGCCGUCUUGACCUUUGCCGUUGUGCACGCUGGCAACUGCAACACUGCGUCCAUGUCGACCUUGUUGACGUCUAGCGACGUCGCGACGUGUGCCAGCGGCUCAGGGUACUCUCCGUCCUCGCUCAGGACUCCGACCCCCGCAGAACUAGAGACCAUGUGCUCGGACGUCGCGUGCCAGACCAUGUUGUCCUUAAUGACCGCCAUGUUCCCGGAGGAGUGUACGCAUAACACGUUUGCGCUUCACGCUGGACUUAUCACACCCGUUACGACGCACUGCUUGGGUAGCUCCAACUCGAGCGCACUCAUUGUCGCUCCGACCGACACGGACUUGUUGGCGUCAUCGGCGUCCACUACUACUUCUCGGACGCUGGACGACGUCACGUCCGAGUCGAACUUGACUGAAGCGACUGCAUCUUUGCUCGAGUUGGGUGCCGAGUUGACGCUACCCAGUGGCUCUUCCGGCGACUCGGUAUCCGCGGGCAACUUCAGUGACGCGACGUCGUUGAUCAGCUACAACGACUCGACGUCGUUGAUCAGCUACAACGACUCGACGUCGUUGACCCCAUUUGAUGGCUCAAUGUCCUCGGACAAGUACAACGACUCGACAGCUUCGACCGACUUGGACGAAGACGUGACGGUAGACGCCUCUGACUCGGGCAGUAGGGACCUGUCCAGUACGACUGCGCCUCCGUCUUCCGACUACGACUCUGUCUUGCCGAUUGAAAAAGGAGGUGCGCCGAGUGACUCGGACCCGGUGGACCAUAGUAAUGUCCCGGACGCCGCUAGCCGCAGCGCUGCUGGGACACUCUCGUCGGCCUCGUUGCUGGGAUCAGCUGUCGUCGCUACAUUUGCGCUCUUCCUGUAG